CAUUGGACGUUGGAUCCACGGUUGCUGGCCCGAGGCUCCGCGAGCGCCGCGUCAGCUUCGUCACAAAACUCUCGUUUAGUCUCGCAAUGGCGUUAGUGGGAGGUGGUUGUGUGUUCGCUUAGUUUCACUUCAACCCGAGCGGACACCGGCCCAAAAUAUUGGCCUGUCUAUUCGUGUUCGGAUUACUGGAAUUAAAUUCCUGUAACCCCGUGCUCAAUACGCGAUAUUCGCCACCACGGACAGUCAAAUUUUGGUACGAUCUCCACUCAGGACGAAUCAUUUCAAGAUCAUGUUCAUCUCAUCAUAGUUCCUUCUUCGUUUUUAAGUGUUUGUGUUCUGUGAACAUUAGUGUAUCGUGACAGUGACAGUGUGACAGUGUAGUGAUGGAUCCCGGAUCGCCCUCGUCGUUGUGGCCGCUGCGCCGGAGCGGGUGCUGCGUGACGGCCCAAGGGGCUCCUUCGGGAGAGCACAGCAAGACCGAGGACAGAGCGCCUUCGCCGGUCCUGACCGACCGCUUGUCGGCGGCGCCUUCGCCGUCCAGCCCCGCUCCAGCCAGUCCCGCGAGCCCUGCGCCCCCCCAGCACCAGUUCCAAGCGGCUCUCGUCGCGGAAAAGUAUCUCCUACUGGAACAAGUCGAAGGGUCAUCGCUUUGUCGGUGUGUGGACGUGCGCACGCAAGAGGAAUAUGUUUGCAAAGUGGUAUCAAGAGAUUGCAGUAGUCUUCUACAAGCGCACUACCGUUUAGACGGCCACCCACACGUGAACCCUAUCCACGAAGUGCUGGUCGGCGAUAAGAGGGUGUACCUCAUAUUCCCGAGAUCGCACUCAGACCUGCACUCGUACGUGAGGGCGAGGAAACGGUUAAGGGAACACGAGGCGCGGAGACUGUUCCGACAAAUGGCAGAAACGGUAGCGGCAUGCCAUGAACAAGGCAUCGUAUUACGGGAUCUAAAGCUGAGAAAGUUCGUCUUUGCGGAUCCUCAGAGAACGACGUUAAAGCUCGAGUCGUUGGAAGACGCCGUAGUGUUGGACGACCCCGAGGAAGAUCUCCUUCAAGACAAGAGAGGGUGUCCGGCGUACGUGUCCCCCGAGAUACUGCGAGCUCAUCGGACGUACUCCGGCAGAGCUGCAGACAUGUGGUCGCUGGGCGUCAUUCUCUACACCAUGCUCGUCGGAAGGUACCCGUUCAACGACUCGGAGCACGCGUCGCUGUUCGCGAAGAUCUCGCGCGGCUACUUCGUGGUGCCGGAGUGCCUGUCGUCGCGCGGCAAGUGCCUCAUCCGCUCGCUGCUGCGGCGCGAGGCGUGCGAGCGGCUGAGCGCGCGCGACGUGCUGCGGCACCCGUGGCUGGCGCGCGACCCGCGCAACGAGCUGCCGCCGCGCGCCGCCGCCGGCCACGACCGCCUCGUGCCCGACGUGCCCAUGGACGACGACUACGUCUAGCGUCCGCAGUCGCCGCCGGUGCGGGCAUCGGCCGACUCCCAAUAUCGCAUCGUCGCGCAAUAGCAUUAGGGUUGCCAUUUGCUUGCGGACGUGUUCGAGCUGUGACGAGUGUUUAGGAAUCGAACGAGCCGUGUGCUGCGUCUAGUUUACUGGGAAAUCAGGGUUCGUCCUCCGGGACGGCUAGAAUUAUGAGCUUCUAAGUUAAGGACAUGAGCCGAGUCAAAUGGUAGCCCUUCCCGGCGCGGUGAAUCCACCGAGCGCCUUUAACUUUUCGGUUAAAUAAUCUGGCCUAAUUUCGUGCAAGCUUGCGGUUGCUCACUGAAAUGUCGGCUCGAAUCACACGCUCCGUCAACGUUCAAAUUUCAGAUAGUAUCCCAAGCCAAAUAAAGGUCUCUAUCGAGAUUUUAAUUUAGUGAGUAUAGGCCGGGAGAUGGCGGCUGGCCCGCUCGCUCCCGCCGCUUAAUUUAUGAAGUAGAAACGAACGCUACCACGAUACGAAUCGCAUAAUCCGGCAAACGCAAAACACGCUAUUCAAUGGAGUUUCAGUUUUAUGCGGCUUUUGGCGCUCCGUGUCGGCUUUUACGAGCUGUGUAUGGUUGUAACGUUCGUAAUGACAGAAUAAGUGAGACUGAUAACGCGUUCUUGUGAUCUAACUAUGAGUGUUAAGCGAUCCAUCUGUUCCGUGCAAGCCGAACGGCUGCGGGCUGUCAGCCAGUGUACCAAUUUGUUGUCCGAUCGGUCCGCGAGGGUUCCGCUUAGUACUGUUACACUUAUCAUUAUAUACUUUAGUUUUCCUUAAUUUACUUAAAAUAUAUACAAGUAGAUUCUUGCUGAAAUGCGUAAAAGGCUCUUUAGACGCAAUUACAUACAACCUUGUUAAACAUAAACAUAAACAUACGAGUGAAAAACCGAACUCCAGAAGGUCUAAAGCGCCGUGCAAAUCGCGUCGCUUGCGAUUUGCUCCGAGAAGGUUACUGCGAUUUAGUUAUCUUUUAAACAAAUUAAGGAAAUCGGACUAUAGCAAGUUGUAGUUUAUAAAAAGAUUAUUUUUCCUCCAUUCGUGAAAAUCUUUAUCCUAACCUUUUACCUGAUAGUACAGACUCGAAAUCUUUGGAAGUCCUAAGCUUUUGGCGUAUUUCCAAAGACAAGUAGAUUUCUGCCGCAAACAACUGAAUUAAAAGGUGUAACACUACGAAGCGUUCUGUUAACUACUGCGUUAAUUCCUGUUAAUUGAAUCAUAUCAAUUUCACAUCAAUAUAGAUGGAUAUAUUGCAUUGAAGUUGCUACAUAGUGUUAGGUGAAAAAUGCAUAAGUGUAUAUUUUGUAUUUAUAUUUAAAAGAAAUAUUAUGUCGUGUAAUUGUGAUCUCCACCGAUGUUAUUUAGCGAUUAGUAUUGAUUUGAUCUGAGAGGUGAUGGACAACUUUUUCAAUUGUUAUGUAUCGGUCAUAAUUCGUUUACAUUUCAAACUUUGGGUAACUUGGCAGGGCAAAAAAGCAAAUUUAUAUUUUUGCUAAAUAUUAAUUUGCAGUUAAGUUGUAUUCAGUUAGGCAUCGCUUAUUUGGUACAUAGUACGUAUUCUUAAGACAAAAAAAUAUAGGUAAUGACUAAAUUGACGUCUCUUGACAGUAGGUUUAAAAUCCGCAAUCGAUUCCUAAAUUUUAUUAUUUUGUAGAAUAAUUGAAACCGGUAUAAAUCCUAGGAAUAAAUUGUCCACCAGCUCUCAGUGUAUUGCCAUUACGUUGUUAUAUGCAGAAGCAUUAGCCUUUUUGUUUCACAGCGAUCAGUUGCUUCCAUCAUAGAGUUAUUUAUAAUAUUUUAUUUGAGUUUUGGUUAUUGUAAAUCAUUAUGUAUUAACAUAUUUCGAUUAUUUUGUUAUAAUACAUUAUAUCAAUCAAAAUUUUUAUAUAAUUUUCAUCACCACGUACCGAAUAAGAUCGUAGUUUGGUUUGUGCCAUUUAAUUUAAACUAAUUAAUUUAUUCGUUGUUUUAAUUGAUAGUGUGAUGGCAACACUUCUUCCUAUUAAUUAAUUAUAAUAAUAUUAUUAUUACCAUUUGGUACUUGGUGUUGAUGUUAAAAUCGAUUUGAGAAAGAUCAUCUCACUUUUUUUUUUUAACUAAAUCGAAUUGUUCCAAAAAAUCGAUAAUGUUACCAUGAUUAUCAAAAUUGUUAUUUUUUUAUUUUCAGCCUUUGUUACAUUAUCUUUUUUGGAUUCCUGUUAGUUCUUUCAUGUAGUGAAAGUGUAUCGAAGUCAAGUCUUUCAUUGAAAGCGUACUGUACAAUAGUAGUUUAUUGUAAAAUAUACUAUUAAUACUUUAAUUUAUACAAACUGUAAAUAGAGCUUAAGAUAUGAAUAAGAUUAUCAAAAAAAAGGAAGAUUGAUAGUGGGAAUAAAUAAUUUAGAAAAUUAAA